UCUAACUCGUGAACUGAAAUGAACUUUUGCCAUAGUUUUUUUUUAUAUUUCAGCUAACAUUUCAGUGGAAAAAAAUGGAUAGUGCUGAAGUCGAGGUGUUCGUAGAGCGUUUGGAUAGCGAUAUCAUUGAUGAACAUUUACGUACAUCGACGUCGUUUUUGCACGACAUAAUGACUCAAGAUCAGGUUAACACUGAACAAAAAGAGCUAGAAUCGCAUAAACCAGAGAAAAAAGCUUUGAUAAAGCGUUUGAAUAAACGAGUUUCUAUACAAAAGCACACAUGUAGCUUCUGCGGUAAAAUAUACAAGACUCGCUCCACGUUACAUAAUCAUGUGCUUCUAGAGCAUACCGACACGGUAAAGAGCAAGUGUGAUAAAUGCGACAAAAUAUAUCCUUCGCGUCUAAGUCUAGAGAAGCAUGAGCGAUACAUGCACUUGAGGCACCGAUGUCCCGUGUGCUACAAGACGUUUAAAGACCCUCAGUCGCUGUCGAGACACUGUGAGGAGUGCAAAAUGGUGAAGAUAGCGUGUGAAAUAUGUGGGAAUAUCUACGCUUCGCUGGUGUCUUUGAGGAAUCAUGUGAAGUACAUGCACUCUUCGAGGACGGGCCACUGGUGCACGCUCUGUCGCCGGGAGUUCGUCAGUGAAGCGAAUUUAAUCAACCACAGAAACACGGUGCAUCCUGCCGGCGCAACGGACUGCAGCUGCGGGCGUCAGUUCCCGUCCCUGGCGCGACUGCGAAGCCACGAGCUGUACAAGCACUCACCCGUCAGCCACAAAUGCCGAUACUGUCACAAGGCAUUCGCUACUGAAACUAGGCUGCAGGGCCACCUAGCGCGCUUACAUUAAGAUGAUUAUUGUCACAGCCACGAGAUGUGCAAGCACUCACCCGUCAGCCACAAGUGUCGAUACUGUCACAAGGCAUUCGCUACUGAAACUAGGCUGCAGGGCCACCUAGCGCGCUUACAUUAAGAUGAUUAUUGUCACAGCCACGAGAUGUGCAAGCACUCACCCGUCAGCCACAAGUGCCGAUACUGUCACAAGGCAUUCGCUACUGAAACUAGGCUGCAGGGCCUCCUAGCGCGCUUGCAUUAAGAUGAUUAUUGUCACAGCCACGAGAUGUGCAAGCCCUCACCCGUCAGCCACAAGUGCGGACACUGUCACAAGGCGAACCU